UCCUCUUCGCUGCUCCGCCCCCGAGUCGCGGUUGGCGCCAAAAUCAGACUCCCGGGCCCGGCCCGCCGCCGGAAGAGCCAUGUCAAAGAAAAAAGGGCUGAGUGUGGAGGAAAAGAGAACCCGCAUGAUGGAAAUAUUUUUUGAGACGAAAGAUGUAUUUCAAUUAAAGGACAUGGAGAAGAUUGCUCCCAAAGAAAAAGGCAUUACUGCGAUGUCUGUGAAAGAAGUGCUCCAGAGCUUGGUUGAUGAUGGUAUGGUUGACUGUGAGAGGAUCGGAACGUCCAAUUAUUAUUGGGCUUUUCCAAGUAAAGCUCUUCAUGCAAGGAAACGAAAGUUGGAGGUUCUGGAAUCUCAGUUAUCCGAGGGAAACCAAAAGCAUGCAAACCUCCAAAAAAGCAUCGAGAAAGCUAAAAUUGGCCGACACGAAACAGAAGAAAGAGCAAUGUUAACAAAAGAGCUUUCUGCGCUUCGAAUCCAAAGGGAACAGCUAAAGGCAGAAAUAGAAAAAUACAGAGAAUGUGACCCACAAGUUGUGGAAGAAAUCCGUCAAGCGAAUGAAGUAGCCAAAGAAGCUGCGAACAGAUGGACUGAUAAUAUAUUUGCAGUAAAAUCUUGGGCUAAAAGAAAGUUUGGACUGGAAGAAAAUAAAAUCGAUAAGAAUUUUGGAAUUCCAGAAGACUUUGACUACAUAGACUAA